CAUUGCGGCCUAGUCAUUUGGGCGCAAAAAUCCGGCCCCGCACCCUAUGAUACCCGAAGACCGUAUAGAUGACUGACCUCUGGAGUCUGGUGAAUUCCUGGAAGAUUGGAUGUGAUCCAACAAAGACAAGAGUUGACCAUGAGGUCAGCUGCUGUUUAUUCUCAUUACCCUCAACGGAUGCUUGGACAUGAUGAAGACGAUGACUAUGAAGAAGAGGAUGAAGAGGAUGACGAAGAGGAUGAAGACGAAGAUGGGGACGAAGAUGACGACUCAGACACCAGUUUGAGCUCCGCUUUAUCCUUAUCAUUCGGUCGUCCUUGUCAUCAUCACGCCACUCGAGAUCGAUUACAUUCUUCAAUAUCAGCUUGCUCUUCAGCUUCAACCUCAUCCGCAUCCGCAUCAGUAUCAGCUCAAGGCCCAAGUUUUCCUGGAUCAAGACGGCGGAUUAAAAAUGCUCUGGUGGUCUUGAGUACUCGAAGAGCUAUCACCAAUCGAGCUUGGAAUGAUCUUUGGAAUGCUUUGCAGACACUUGAAGUGGUUCUCAAUCAAACUCCUUCAUCAGAUCUUGGUGUCUUCUUUCCAAUCUACGCCCGGAUCUCCACUGAUAUGGAAAUCCUCUUGGAGAAUAUCGCUGUUCAAGACAAAGAUUAUCGACGUGGACUGAGCUCUUCGGAAGCAAAGGCAUUGGCGAUUCUAUUGCAAAAAUGGCCGAAGAUGGUUACAGAGCCAAGGUGGGGUUUUGUACGUCAAACCGUCGAGAACGUGCCUAAGCCAAUCGCAAUCCAAACGGUCGAUCGACCUACUUCACAACUCUUGGCGUGUCUCGAAGCUAUCAUUCUUCUCGGUUCACCUCGAAAGCUUUCGUUGGCUAGAUUAGGUCUUGAUCAUUUACCACUGGCACUUUUGAAUCUUGACGAGGUGGUGAGUUGGUAUUUGAGCUUCGAGGGGUCACCUACUCCACCAGGCCGUCUUGAAGAAGUACUAGGAUCAAUCAAGUUACUCGACUUGUCCCGUAAUCAGCUUACUGUCCUUCCGAAUUCGUUGCCAUGCGCUCUACCGUGUCUUGAAAGCCUCAAUUUGUCUCAUAAUCCAUUCUUGACUAUACCCACGAGCCUGACUCGGUUUAGGUACCUAGAGAGACUAAGCAACAAGGGUACUCGACGUCGGAAAAGCAAUGUUCGCUCAAUUUGGACCGAAAUCGGAAACAAAACUCAAACAGAAGUGACUUCAUCAGAUGAGAAGGUACAAUCACUUGUGGUCAAUUGCAUUCGCCGCAUCCAAUGCUCACUGAAGCAUGGAGAAACAGUGGAUUUGAGUAGCUUGGCUGCACAUGUACGCCGUGCAGUCACAAACGGGUUCGACUGCGAAUCCUGUGGACAAUUUGUUGGACCAUCAGAUAGAUUAUCACCAAUAUACGAACGUGUUGUAUUAUUGUCACCGGCUAUUAGUCUGCCAAGUCCAGCGGACGAAGGACGAGGUCGUGAUGUAAGUGGGAGUAGCAGGGGAAAGACAGAGGUUAUGAAUGUAUUGGGCGACGCGGUUUCACCUCAUAGUUUAAGUUUGGCUGAACGAAUAGCGGUAGCAGUAGGAAGUCGUAGAAGAGAAUCUACAACACUUAUCAUUGGACCUAGAAGGCUUUGUUAUAAAUGUGCGAGAUUACAUCUUAGUUUUGAUUCAGUAGGAGGAAUUGAUUUAGAUCAGAAGGAAUGUGAAUGUGAUGGAUGUGAAGAAGAAAGGAAAAUCGUAGGAGAGUUGGGAUUAGUGAGGUGGGUAAGGAGAAAAGUGCCAAGAAAUGGACAGAAGGUUAUUCUAUGAUUAUGGUAAAUUUUAUGCAAUUUCGUUGAUUUGGCAAGCAUUUGUGAAUUGAAAUUUAUCGAUUAUUGAGAGUCAACAAAAGCAUGUAAAUUGGACUUCUUUUCUUUGUGUGAUGUGAUUGACAAUUUUAAAGCAUUCUUCC